ACGCGCACAGCCGGGGAUUCUGGUGACGUCACACAGGAAAGUACACACACACAACAUUCAUGGCGCAGCACUGACCUGAAAACAACCACACUCACUCUCUCUGUCAGGGACGUGUCCACCGACAGAGGCUCAUGACAUCGUCGCGGGAACAACAGGUGUAGCAGUUGCAGCCAUGGAGAAACCUCCCUUCAAGCAGAACCAGACCUGCGGGGACUGGGAGCUGAAGAAGCGGCUGGGGAUGGGCAGCUUUGCCCGUGUUUACCUCUACGAGCAUCUUGAAACGAAUGAAAAGAUCGCUGUGAAAAUGUGCAGACUGGAGCUCACGCCGGGGAACAAGGACCGGUGGAGCAGAGAAAUCCAGAUCAUGAAGAAAUUAAAUCACAUAAAUGUCGUGACGGCCCGAGAAGUCCCAGACGAGAUGAACCACAUAGCCUUGAACGACCUCCCCCUGCUGGCCAUGGAGUACUGCUCCAGAGGAGACCUGAGGAAGGUUCUGAGCACACCGGAGAACUGCUGCGGUUUGAAAGAGAGCGAAGUUCUGUCGUUACUCAACGAUGUUGGAUCUGGUAUCCAGUAUCUGCAUGAGAACAAGAUCAUCCACAGAGAUCUGAAGCCUGAAAACAUUGUGCUGCAAGACAUCAACGGCAAGCUCGUUCACAAAAUCAUCGACCUGGGUUACGCUAAAGACCUGGACCAGGGCAGCCUGUGCACCUCCUUCGUCGGCACGCUUCAGUACCUGGCUCCCGAGCUGUUCGAGAACAAACCGUACACCGUCACCGUCGACUACUGGAGCUUCGCUACCAUGAUCUUUGAAUGCAGCUGCGGCUUCCGUCCCUUUCUGCACAACCUCCAGCCCGUGCAGUGGGCCAGCAAGGUGCAGAACAAAGGCCCACUGGACAUCAUGGCUGUGGAGGACGAGCACGGAGAAGUCCGAUUCUCCACCAACCUUCCCUACCCCAACAACCUCAGCAGGACGCUGUUGGAUACGAUGGAGGCUCUGCUGCGGCUGAUGCUGCAGUGGGAUCCCGUGCAGCGAGGGGGCAAAGUGAACGCCGACACCAAGAAGCCACACUGCUUCGAAGUGAUCGAGCAGAUUCUGAGCAUGAAGGUCGUCCAUGUCCUGAACAUGACCACGGCUCAGGUCCACUCCUUCCAGCUGACGGCAGACGAGAGUCUGCACAGUCUGCAGAAACGCAUCGAGGCCGAGACCAAGAUCGAGGUGGUGAACCAGGAGCUGCUGCAGGAAACGGGCGUGUCGCUGGACCCCAGGAAGCCGGCGGCGCAGUGCGUCCUGGACGGAGUGAGAGGCUGGGACAGCUACAUCGUCUACCUGUUUGACAAGAGCAUCACCAAGUACUCUGGUCCCUUCAGUGCCCGACAGCUGCCGGACAAAGUCAACACUAUCGUCCAAGAAACGAAUUCCCAGCUGCCGCUAGUGGUGCUGAAGAAGGUUUGGGGUGAAGCGGUGAGCUACAUCUGUGGUCUGAGGGACGACUACAGCAGACUGUUCCAGGGCCAGAGGGCCGCUAUGCUGAGCCUCCUGCGCUAUAACACCAACCUGACUAGGUGUAAGAACAGCAUGUUCGGCUUCUCCCAGCAGCUCAAGGCCAAGUUGGACUUCUUCAAGAGCAGCAUCCAGUACGACCUGGAGAAAUACAGCGACCAGAUGCACUAUGGCAUAUCCUCGGAGAAGAUGCUGAAAGCCUGGCAGGAGAACGAGGAGAGAGCUGCUGCUUUUGCACAGGUGGCAGAGGUGAGCCACCUGGACGACGAGAUCAUGGCGCUGCACUCGGAGAUAGUGGAACUUCAGAGGAGCCCGUAUGCCCGGCGUCAAGGAGACAAGAUGGAGCAGCUGGAAGAGAAGGCGAUCGAGCUCUACAAGCAGCUGAAGAAGAAGUGCAAGACGCCUGAGCUGGACGUGAGCAGCGACAGCUCCGAGAUGGUGAAGGCCAUAAUCCAGACUGUCCAGAACCAGGACAAGGUCCUGAAAGACCUGUACACACACCUAGGAAAGAUCCUGAUCAGCAAACAGAAGAUCAUUGACUUGUUUCCGCGAAUCGAGAAAACCCUGGAGAGCAUCAAGGACGCAGACAACACGGUGAUGCAGAUGCAGAUAAAGCGACAGAGAGAGUUCUGGCAUCUACUGAAGAUCGCCUGUGCUCAGAACUCGACCCGGAGCUCGAUAGCGGCGAGUCCCGACUCGUCCAACCUGCUGCAGGUCUCUCACUGGUCGCAGUCGGCGCAACCUGUCAGCUCCCCGCACCCGCUCACCUCCCUGCCUGGGCCCAACGACAGCGACGCUGCCCCUCGUCUGCUACAGGAGAACCAGAAGUACCUGAGUCAGCUGACCAGCCUGAUGCAGGAAGCUGCGGUCGAUCAGACCAACAGCAUUGUGGACCAAGACUGGAGCUGGACAAAAUACGAAACUUUAACCACAAAACUAAAAAAGCGAAAUGCGUGAGACCCCCGUCCUCCGCUCCCGGCCCUCGUGCUCCGAGUAACACUAAGGACUGAACACGCUGUGAACGCAGCAGAACGCCGCCAGGACGUCGUGCGGUGUCACGCGGCCUCACGGAUCUUUUCUUAACAACGCUUCUUCUUUUUAAAGAGAAAGUGGCGUCUGUCCACAACCAUCGUCUCACAUGGCGGAAACGUUUGAUCGACCAAUCUUCUGUUUUUUCUACGAGAAAACAAAUGAAGCCGUGUCUCUCUGCUCCUUUUUUUCUCCUUUUUGUUGCUGCACAAUAUUUAUCACCACUCAUAAAAACUGAUGAUGUUCAUUUUUACUCUGAGCAAAACCUGUAGCAUUGGAUUUUUGGGGGUUUGAGUUGAGUUUUUUUUUUAUCACGAGGAAGGAUAUUUGACAGAAACACGGGAACUAGCUCGGCCUCGUGGCGUGCAAGGAAGAAACAGGAAGUGGUCGCGGGCGGGUGGGAGUGGGUGUGGGGGGUUGAGGAGGAAAUUACAAUCAAGCAAACAGCACUUUGAUAUUCCCAAGUAUCUCUUUGAAGAGACGGAACGUUCCAGGCUGCCAAACAAAAAAACGAACGCUCGCAGGAUUCAAAGUCACGACGAGACGGUAAAUGUUCUUCUCACACUCAUAAUCAAUUUCAUACAAUUUACUAUCAACGUUCAGGCAUUUAGAUUCUGUGUUAUUUUUGAAUAAAGUAUAAUAUAUAUAUGUAUGUAUAUGUAUCAUAGGCAGAAGUGGUUUUGUCAUGGCCAGCCAUUAUGUUCACACAGUGUCUGUAGUGAACGUCUUGUGUGUUCACGAGCUGCGUUCACGUCGCGUCAAGAUGAAACGAUACUCGAUGCUCAAACAAUGACGCGAUUCAUCGAUUGAGAGGAAAAUAUUUUGCAGCUAUAAAUUGUUUACAGAUAUUUUUAAUCCAAAAAAUACCAAACGAGGAUUUGACACUUUAACAAUAAAAUGUUAUACUAGUAAUUUCUGUAUCUUUGGGUUUAUGAUUACCAUGAAUACAAAAAACAAUUUGAACACAUCACCCGAGGCUCUGAGGAUGUUAUUUUUUAGCGUUAUUUGGAAAAAAUUAAUAAAACAUUUAGUAUUUUUUGAUGAGAAAAAAUUUCAUUGCACAUCUCCACAGUGUGGUUCUCCUCAGUUCAUGGUGACCUUAUUCAAUAAAUAUUCUGGACUAAAAUAAGCAUCAUAAAAAAACUAUUGUUUAACUCUUUGAUCGGCUGAAUGCAUUUAAUUCUACAUUAUCUUAGAACAGUAUUUUAAGAGUCUUGAUUCUUCCUUGAGCGCUUGUCUCGUGCCAUAAAAUGUACAGCAACAAACAUUUACUGUAAGAUUCCUUUUUUUAAAUAUAUUGCCUAAUCAUUUUCUCAAUAUAAUGUCCAACAAAUGUUUAAAAUGCAAAUGUCCUGAGCCCAAGGUGAUGUAUUCGGAUUAUUGUUCUUCCAUUAAGGGAUCAAAAACCCCAAAGAUAUUCAGAUUACAACGAUUUAAAGCGGAGAAACUCUCACGUGAGAAGAAUCUGGGACCAAAGGACGUUCAGUGAUCGAUAAAUCAUAUUUGUUCAAUACGUUGCUGUCUGAAUCGAUUUAUUCAUCUUUAAAGUAGCUUUUCAGACAAAAUCUGCAAACAUUCGACGGUUGCAGCUUCUCAAAUGCGAGAAUUUGCUGCUUUUCGUUAUUCUGCAUCGUAGGAAGUUGAAUAUCUGAGACCAAACAUGAGAUUUGCUGAUGUUCUCCGGGGCGGUAGUAAAUGUUAAGGAUGAAUCAGCAGACUAAUGGAUCAGCAGACCAGACUCCGGCCCAGAUGACGUGAACGCAGCAUUUUUCACGGAGGUUUUGAGACGAGGCUGGUUUCACUGUAGCACAGUCGGCGUCGUCCACCGCUGAUCGUCGGUAGACGAAGUGAUCGGACGUGAGGAAACCAGGAAGAACCAGGAGAGUGAAAGGAGUCGGCCGUCGCGUGUCAUUGGGGCCGGAGAGAAAUUAAACCUCUGAGUUUGUAUUUAUGAAGUUGAAGUGCAAUGGAGAAACAUAUUUUUAUAUUUAAGUAACUGGGUUUUGUCAGUUUUCUUUGGAUUUUUUUGACUUAUUCGUUUCUAUCGGACGGUUUUUAAAACUUGUCUCUGAAUGUUUUGAUUUUUAGAAAUGUCCUUGUAUAAAGUUCAAAUGUUUGCCUGAUAAUAAAAUUAUAAUAAAAAGACUUUGGCAUGAA